AUGGGCGCAAGCGAUUCCAAGAUUGUCUUCAAGCAAGGCAUUUUCAAGCUCUCUGAGGAACGCCAUAUUCCUUCAGGCGAUCCAUACUGGACAUCGUUUUGGGAGCUUCCAGAAUCUUCCGAGGAUGUUUUCAGCCUUUUCUCUCCAAACGACAUCCGAAGAACCCGGGACAAAGCAUUAGAAAACAUCGAAACCUUAAUAUUAGCAUUAACGUCGCGGCUAUUCCUGCUUCGAUACCAUCCAUCGUUUCCCGAUCCCGAGCUCGCUCCCGAGAAGGAUGCCUUGAACUGCAUUCGAGUAUUAACUCGGUUGCUUCCCUAUCUAUACGAAAAAGAGAGCCUAAGUAGCUGGCAAGAACGCUUCUUUUGGGGCCAGCGUCGAAGGAAAACACGGCGGGCCAUCAUCGCAAACGAAGUCCUUUUCGACGGAGCAGAGAAUGACAAAGAAGAAAGCAAACCUAAUGCUGAGGAAUACGAAGAAGUCAAGCCCCUUGCAGAGGAGCUAAUAGACACUCUGAUAGAUUUACUCUUUUAUUCCGACCUUACCAUUACUCGUCAACCUCAUGGCCACGACAAAGUCACCUACGCAAUAUGGCAGAGCGGUGUUGGAUGCAAUAAUGCCGUUGCCACAACCAAGGAACUUGAGAGCAACCGGGCGGAGAUCCUACGACUACUGCUGGCGCUGGCUGGUCAAAGCAUGUACUCCACACCAGGAGUUCUCGCUCAAGCUGGAACACGAACGUUGACAUAUCUCUGCACCUGCCAGGACAAGCAAAUUGUCCUUUCGGUUCUCUGCUCUCUACUUAAUACGACUCUCAAAUUCAACCCGGCAAGCUGGCGAGUGCCGUAUAACACACUGGGGUUCAAAGAUGCGAAGCAAAUAUUGGUGACUUAUUCUCUAGAGUUUCUGCUCACGCUACUCGUAUACCCGAUUCCUGAACAGACCACUCAGUCGAGUAUAUCUUCCAAGAACUUUUACCGCCAUUUCCUGGGUCGUUUGCACCGACCGCAAGACUUUCAGUUUAUCGUUGAUGGCAUGUCGAGAAUACUCAGCCAGCCACUCCAAGAAAAGACAUCAUACCUGCCAGGGGCUCAGGCCACUACCAACUUCGCACCUGAAAUCCUGAUGUUCUUCUGGGAAAUAACACAAUGCAAUAAGCGAUUUCGAUCCUUCAUCAUUGAUACGAACCGAGUGCAUGACUUUGUGGUGUUAACAAUAUUUUAUGCGCUGGAGUACAAAAACGAACCCGCCAAGCAGGGAGUCGUCCGAAUGUGCGCAUUCUUGCUCCAGACGCUAAGUGUUGACUCAAAGUUUGGUCCUAGUCUGAACAAGCAAUUCGAGGGUCAAGACAGCCUACCUGUAGGCAUCCGCAUCAACGGCUUCAAGGGCACGUAUUGCGAUUUCCUGAUCCAUUCCAUCUACAAUCUCAUUACAUCAAGCCAAGGCAGCUUCACAGCCAUCUAUCCGGCCCUCUUGGCGGUUAUUAACAACAUAUCGCCAUAUAUUCAGGGACUCGGUGCGGCAGGCAGCUCACAGCUAAUGCACCUGUUCACGUCUAUGUCAUCCCCAUCGUUUCUUCUCGCGAACGAGACGAACUAUCAACUCUUGCACUCACUCAUGGAAUCCAUAAGUGCCAUCAUCGACCAUAACUAUCGGAAGAACCCUGAACUUGUCCUGGCUAUUAUCAAAAAUCGAAAGCGAAUCGAAGCUUUGCGGUCUUUCACGCUUGAAAGUGGCCAAGAGGAGAUUGAGCGAAGAAAACGGCUGAAGAAGGAUCGUGUCGACUCGGUAGACUCUGGAUCUAUCCGAAGCUCAUUCGAUUCCACACGAAGCCCAUCUGUUGCUCCAGUCAAGUCUCCAAUUUUAGAUGAAAUCACUGAGGAUGGCACUUUUGCGAUUGGGGACUCUGACGACGAUAGUGAUGAAGACCCUCAACCGACGCCGACCCAAUCGACGACGAGUGAGAACGUGUCACAAGCCUCAUCAGCAGGCAACUUUGAUGAUGCCGUCCCAACUCAGCUGCGUGGCAUGUCGGAAAAGGCUCGUGGCAAGAUGCCAGCUGGAAGCCGCUCGUUCUCGAGACAGAAUAGUACUACAAGUCUUGGCGGGCAAUCGUCCUCGGCAAGAAUGCAGAGUGGUUCAUUUGAGCCUACCUCCCAGUGGAUCGACGGCUGGCUGCCAGAGCUACCUCUUCACAGCAUCUUGACGUUGAUCCAGCAGGUUUCUAGUGUGUUGCCUCGUCAGGCUGGUCGAGAAGUGCUAACUCCAGAGCUUGUUCGUCGCAUCCAAGAGAUUGAUUUGAUUGGUAUAGAACCUUCUCCGGCUCGGGUCCAUUCUUUUGAGUGGUCUCCCCUUGCCUUGGGGUGGUACGAAUCGCUGUUAUGGGGCGUCGUCUUUUCCAAUGAGAUGCAGAUUGCGAAGGGAACAAUGGGCAUCUGGAGUGGCACGGCAAUCAAACUAUUCCGCGUGCAAGAAACUGCGCCAGCGGGACCUACGCUCACUUCUCCCAGGGGGGCGGUCGAUGCUGUAGGCAGCAACAUUGUCUCUCGUAUCGGACAAAUCAACCUGCGAGGGGGACAACCAGCACCAAAUGCAAAUCCCAGUACCUCACCAAGGAUGGGCCCAUAA